GGUGGAGGGGGCGGGGAUUCCGCGGCGUAGUACGUGGGAUUACGAAGAGGAGGCGGUGGGGUACAGGGAAAGGAGGGAUGGCGCCGCGCAUGCGCAUGCUGUCAAACAGCCGGAUCCGUACAUGGACCCGGUGUCGCCGGCCCCCGCUGACACCAACCUCACCACGACCACACCCACCCCGGGCCACGACGACGACGCCGACCACGAGCAGCACGGCAUCAGCGUCAUCUCCCUGCACUGGAAGUACGUGGAGGGCCCCCUGGUCGUCUGCGUCUUCCUCCUGCUGACCUCCCUGGUCAAGAUCGGCUUCCACCACGCCGACUUCCUCAGCACCAUCCUCCCCGAGUCCUGCAUGCUGAUCGUGCUGGGCGUGGCCGUGGGCGGGUUCAUCCGUCUGCUGGACGCGUAUAAACUGACCCUCUCCUCCUCCUACUUCGAGUUCUCGGCGCGCACCUUCUUCCUCUUCCUCCUGCCGCCGGUGAUGCUGGAGAGCGCGUACUCCCUGCACGAUCGGGAGUUUGUCAAUAAUCUGGGCACCAUCCUGACGUACGCGGUGUUCGGGACGGUGUUUAAUGCGUUCACCAUCGGGCCGACGCUGUGGGGCUUGGCCAAGGUGGGCGGGAUGGGGGCGCUGACGCUGGGGAUGACGGAGUGUCUGGCCUUUAGUAGUCUCAUCUCCGCUGUGGAUCCGGUGGCCGUGCUGGCCAUUUUCCAAGAAGUGGGCGUGAACGCCAUGCUGUAUUUUUUGCUGUUUGGGGAGUCGCUGCUGAACGACGCGGUGACGGUGGUGCUGUACAACAUGAUGGUGGCCUUCGCCAGCCAGCCGGAAGUGACCGUCGGGGAUAUCGGGAAGGCGGUGGCGUCCUUCUUCACCGUCAGCGUCGGCGGUCUGGUCAUCGGCGCCUGCUGCGGCAUUUUCACAGCUGUGAUCACGAAGUACACGGAGCAUGUGCGCGUCGUGGAGCCCAUCGCCAUGUUCAUCAUGGCGUACACGUCGUACAUCCUGGCGGAACUCUUCCACCUGUCCGGCAUCAUCUCCAUCAUCACCUGCGGACUGCUGCAGUGGCAGUAUGCCGUCCACAACGUCUCCUUCAAGUCCCGCACCACCGUGAAAUACUUCAGCAAAAUGGCCGCGGCGGUGUGCGACGCGGUGAUCUUCCUGGUGCUGGGCCUGGUGAUCGUCAACGACAGCCACAUCUGGCACACGGGGUUCGUGCUGUGGACGCUGCUCUUCUGCAUCGUCUACCGCUUCAUCGGCGUCUUCGGCCUGACCUGGCUGGCCAACAAGAUCAACCGCAUGCGCAAGGUCAACCUGGAGGAGCAGUUCAUCAUGGCCUACGGGGGAUUGCGCGGCGCCAUCGCCUUCGCGCUGGUCAAUCUCCUCCAGGCCAAACACUUCCCGCACCGCGAGAUGCUCGUCACCACCACCGUCGUCGUCAUCCUCUUCACCGUCUUCAUCCAAGGCACGACGAUUAAGCCGUUGGUGAAGCAGCUGCGCAUCCGCAAGCAGGAGACGAAGAAGCCCAGCAUCUUCCAGGCGACCAAUCUGUGCCUGUUCGACCACGUCAUGUCCGGCAUUGAGGAGAUCAGCGGCCGGCAUGGGCAUAAUUACUGGCGCGAGAUCCUCGAUUAUUACGACGAGAAGUAUCUCAAGCCCUGGCUACAGAAGACGCCCAUCAUCCGCGAUAAGACCAUCAUGGACAUCUUCGCCAAACAGUGCCUUAAGGAACAUUUUGCUCAUCUGUACGGCACGCAGCAGGCCGAUCAGUUCGUCAACCGGCGGAUGCGCCGCGAGGGCUCGGCCCUGUCCAGCCUGUCGACGGUGCCGACGCUGGCCGACAUGCACGCCUUCCCCAGCCAUCCCAACAUGGCCGGCGGCCGGCUGACCGCCCCCGGGGGCACCCAGCCCCCGGCGCCCACCGCGCUGACGGUGAAUCUCCCCACGGCCAACGAGAUCUCGGUGAUGGGCGCCGAGGAGUACAAGCCGGAUGAGAGCGUCCUCAACCGGCUGCGGAAGCGCUUCCGGAAGGAGGACAAGACCAAGAUCAGCUUCGGCCAUGAUGUCCGUGAAGCGCUCGAUCAUGCCUCCCGGCAUGGACCGCAUGUACAGAUCCGUCAGAAGUACAAUCCCAACCUGAUCCAGGACGACGAGUCGGAACUGGAGUACCAGAUGCGGGCACGGGCCGUCCGCGCCCAGCGCAUCGCCAAACGGCAGUUUGGGCAGCGCGCCCUGGGCCUGAUGCCCAUCCGCAGCUUCCUGUCGCGCGUCGGCACCUCCAUGACCAACCUGGCCAAUCUGGGCCGCCGCCGCAACGGCGCCCCCGCCCGGCCCAAGGACAAGCCCGACAAGCGGGUCGACGGCGCGGCCAAGGAGUACAAGGCGGUGCCCGGGAAUCUGACGGCCGCCGAGAAGCUGGAGCGCAGCCGGAAGAUCUCGCGGGAGAGCAGCAAGAUGCGGAUAUCCAUGAUCCAUGCGGGGAGUCUGAGCAGUAUGGCGGAGGAGGGCGUGGAGGAUGUGGUGCGGUUCAAUACCGGCGAUGUGCCCAAUAGUCGCCGGAAGCCGACCGCCGGUAUCCCCAGCGACGAGGACGACGAAGAGGGCGAGGUCCUCCAGAUGCGGCACAUCGCGCCCAGCGCCACCGCCCCGCACCUCGAGCGCAUCGACGAGCGCGCCUCCGUCUCCUCCGAGACCGGCAGCGUCAUCCCCGCGGCCACCCCCAGCGGGGGCCGGCUAGCCCGCAGCGGCUCCGCCGGCCCGGGGCGGCCGGCCGCCGACUCCCCGCUGACCACCGUGGCCAGCGUCGAGUUCGUCCCGAUGGUGACGCCGGCCCACCGCCCUGCGGACGGCGGUCUGAACAGCGCCAGUGAGGUGCAGUCGCCGCGGCCGGAUUAUCAGCCGGAGAGUACGCCGUUGCUGUCGCAGCGUCGGUGAACGAGGAGGAACUGGGAGUUAAUUUAAUUGUGAAGAAAUCGCGGGUGAUUUUGUUGUUGUUUCCGUCGCAGAGAACACUGUGUGUGCCGGUUGGAUUUGUGGAUAUGAUUUAAUUCGGUUCCUGUUUUCGGCUUUUUUCUCGGAUUGGUCGAUGUCCGCGGUGUGUUUUGCGGGGGACGUCGAAUGGUUGCUUGUUUUGUUUUGUUGGUCUUUCGUUUAUCUCCUCUCUCUCUCUUCUUCUUGUACAUCUAUGCCGUGUUACUCCGUAGGGUUCAUCUUUGCUUCCGUCGUGACCGAUUCGAUGUGCCAAGAAAAUUAAACGUAUAUUUUAUUC